GCAUGUGCUGUGCACUGCACGGCCCUAAGAUAGACAUGGCGUACCCCUAUUCCUCAGUCGCGCAUUACUCACGAGAAUGAGUAGGGACUACUACCGCUCGUAAGUGGGCUUAGGCCGAAAGGCUUACUCCCUUCUUGCUUUCAAAUUAACCAUCCCCCAACGAUGCCCCUUUUCAAAAGUAGGAAGGAGAGGAAAGAAGACAAGAGCAAACUUCAACAGAAGUUGACUUUCUCUCGAGACACGCCGGAUCCAGUCUUCGAUAUUUCAGAUUGCAGUAUCCAUGCAGUUCCAAGUGGAGUCUACUCUCUUUGCAAAGUGUUUCUGAAGGAGGCUUUAAGAAUGAACGGAAAUUGCUUAUCAUCUUUGGAAGGUGGUGGGAACUUACAGGACCUGAACAACUUAAUAAUGUUGGACAUCCAUUCCAAUUGCUUUGAGUUCUUGCCUGAGCAAAUAGGCUUCUUGAGAAGUCUUCAGUACCUGGACAUUAGUGAAAACAAGCUCAAAGAACUGCCUCAAGCAAUUAGUCAACUGAAAUCACUAAAGCAGUUGAAAGCUUCCUCGAACAAGCUGAAGUCAUUGCCUGAUGGCCUUGGCAGACUGACAAGACUUGAGCUGUUGGAUUUGCGAGAAAACCAACUUACCAAAGUGCCUCUGUCUGCAUGUGGCCUUUCCUCCUUAUCUCAAUUUCUACUUGAUGGAAACCCUGAUCUUACAUAUCCUCCACCUGCAGUUUUUUCACAAGGAGCUCAAGCUAUAUUCCAAUUCUUGUGUUCAGAAAGUAAUAUGACUUAUAUUCCCACUGUGGAUGCAGAACCUAGUGAAAAUCUUCCCACUGGAUCCACAUCCCAGGAAUACCUUCAACUUGAGGAGAAAGUGAGAAGAUACGAGAGAAUGAAGGAAGAGAAAAAGAAGGAAUUAGCAACAGCUCAAAAACAGCUUGAAGAGCUGCAGAUGAGUGAAACCAUGGCAGCCCAGCGAAUGAAACAGGCCUCCCAUCAGGUUGGUCCCAUUUAUAAGUCCAACAUGUUGUUGGAAGACAUUAAGAAUCAAGAAAUGGAGAUGGAGAAACAGAUAAAAAAGCUGCAGCAAGAAAAGGACAAACAGAGAGAUGUCCUUAUGACAAACAUAAAAUCAUUGGAUGACCACUCAAAAGAUCUCAUAGCCAGCCUUUUAGUGGCAGGAAGAAAACAGAAACUGAGGAGGAGUGAGCAAGAAUCCAUUUUAGACCAGAAGAUCCAAGAGGAAGAUUUGCGAAAAUUGAAGAGACAAAAUAUUCUAGUGGCUAUGCAGGCACAGCUGGAAGAAGCUCUAGAGCAGGAGGCCUUGGUUAGGUGUGCCUUCAACCAGCAUGGUGCAAUCACUCAAUCUAUCCUGGAAGGCAUUGGUUCUUCUGAGGAGCAAGUGGCUGAUAUCCUUGCGGGGAAGACAGAAGAGAGAAAACAUCUAGUUCAAGAGUUGCUUAAAGGAGAGGCAUUACAGCAACAGAUGCUGUUGAAGCUACUUUUAUCUCAAGAUGAGCAGCGUCAGCAUAUCACCAAACAGUUGGAGGCAAUUUCAAAUGAGUUGGCAAUGCUGAGCCAAGCAGAACUCCAGCAAAAAGCCAUUAGAUUGGAAGGAUCUCAGGUUGCCUUGGAAGAAAGGAGGAAACUGCUCACAUCUCUCAUGGAUAAAUUCCUGGCUCGAAAGGCAGAAAGAGAAAAAGAGUUGACAGAUGCGCUCAAGGCAAUGGAGCAGAGAAAGGAGGAUGAGCUUGCUGAUUUUUGGCUAGUGCAGUACCAAAGGCUUCUGGACUCCAAGCCAGGAAUUCUCUGCAGCUUGGAUUGGGUUUUGAAGUCAAUCCUGGAGGAGGUUGGUGCUCACCAAUAUAUACCCCAGUUUGCAAGGCAUAAGGUUACUGCUGAGAGUUGCAUCUCUUUGACAGAGGAUGAUUUGAAGAGUAUGGGAAUCAGAGAGAAUGAACUAAGGAAGGCUCUGAUGAAAGAGUUCAUCAUCUUAGCUCAAGAACAAGCAUAUGCUCUCAAGAAACUUGUAGAGCCAAGUGCUCCUCCUUCAGAAGCAUUAUGUGAGACAUUGCCAUCUGCACCUCCAGGAGAUACACCUUCUGCACCCCUUGAAAAAGGAUUUGUGGUGGACCAGGUGUACACUGUUGCUCACAUUGAAACUGAAUGUGUGAUAUGUAUGGAUGCCAUGGUGCUCAUGAUGAGCUACUUUUUGAAAACUGGUGGUGGUGGUGAUGCCACCUGGUCCUUGUAG